AUGUGGAAACUUCUUCUGAUUGCGUCCCUCGGCCUUGUCAUCGCCGAGGACGGCCUCGCAGGCUGGUUACGAUAUGCCAGGCUGCCCGACUGCAAGUCCGCCGGCGUCGCUGAUUCCUUGCCCUCCACCAUUGUCGGUCUCAAUGCUACUGAGAACGGCCCGAUCUCAUCUGCCUUGUCCGAGUUGACAAAGGGCUACCACGGCAUUUUCGGCAAGGAGGUCUCGCUCGGCGAAGACGCUUGCGCUGACUCUUCUGUCGUCGUUGCCACUCUCGACGACUACAUCGCAGCCUGUGGAAGUGAAGGGGUCGAGGCUGACCUCAUUGAAGAUGGCUUCUGGCUAAGUAUCAAGGGUGGUGCUGUCAAGAUCUUGGGUCAGAACGAGAGGGGCACUCUCUACGGCGCCUUCGAGUACCUAAGCUUGUUGGCGCAGGGAAACUUCACCGAAACUACCUACGCGACCAACCCUUCUGCUCCCGUCCGAUGGGCAAACCAGUGGGACAAUAUGGACGGCACGGGAACUCACGGCAGUAUUGAGCGCGGUUACGGAGGUGUCUCCAUCUUCUUCGAGAACCUCAAGGUCGUCACCGACAUGACCCGCAUCUCCCAAUACGGCCGCUUGUUGGCUUCAGCUCGCAUUAACGGAAUCAUCGUUAACAACGUCAACGCCAACCCCAUUCUUCUCUCCCCAGAUAACAUGGAUGGGCUGAAGAGGAUCGCUGAUGCUUUCCGUCCCUGGGGUGUCCAAGUCGGUAUCUCACUCAAUUUCGCCUCGCCCCAGACUUUCGGUGGGCUCUCGACAUUCGACCCCCUCGACGAUGCAGUGAUUGCCUGGUGGGGCCGCAUCACGGACGAGCUCUAUGCUCGCAUCCCUGACAUGGCCGGUUACCUCGUCAAGGCUAACUCCGAGGGCCAGCCCGGUCCCCUGACUUACAACAGGACGCUUGCUGAUGGCGCCAAUCUCUUCGCCAGAGAACUCAAGAACCACGGCUCCAAGAGGGGCAUCGUCAUGUUCAGAGCCUUCGUUUACGACCACCUCACCCUGAACGAGUCUGACUGGCACGCUGACCGCGCCAACGCCCAGGUAGAGUUCUUCAAGCACCUCGACGGCCAGUUCGAUGACAACGUCAUCGUUCAGAUCAAGUAUGGCGCCAUCGACUUUCAGGUCAGGGAGCCCGUGUCACCCCUUUUCGCAAAUCUCAAAGAGACCAGCAUGGCUAUUGAGCUGCAGAUCUCUCAAGAGUAUCUCGGCCAGCAGGACCAUUUGGUCUACCUUCCUCCUCUCUGGAAGACAAUCCUUGACUUUGACCUGAGGAUUGACGGCCAGCCUUCUCCUGUCCGCGACAUUCUGUCCGGCAAGCGCCUCGACCGGCCUCUUGGUGGCUACGCUGGCGUCAUCAACGUCGGCGCCAACUCGACCUGGCUCGGAAGCCAUCUCGCCAUGUCCAACCUCUACGCUUACGGCAGACUGGCGUGGAACCCCACAGAUGAUGUUGUUGCCAUUGUUCAGGACUGGUCGCGCUUGACCUUUGGCCUCAACCGCAAGGUCGUCGACACUAUCACCAGCAUGUCCAUGGAGAGCUGGCCCGCCUACGAGAACUACAGCGGUAACCUUGGCAUCCAAACCCUAACCGACAUUCUUUACGCCCACUACGGUCCUAGCCCGAGAAGCCAAGACGGCAACAGCUGGGGUCAGUGGACCCGCGCUGAUGGCAACAGCAUUGGCAUGGACCGUACUGUGAAGAACGGCACUGGUAAUGCGGGAAUGUACCCUCCCGAGGUGGCGGCCAUUUAUGAGGAGAUCGAGACGACCCCCGAUGACCUCCUGUUGUGGUUCCACCACGUGCCUUACACGCACGUGCUGAAGAGCGGCAAAACCGUCAUUCAGCACUUCUACGACGCGCAUUACGAAGGAUCGGCGACGACCCAGACGUUCGUGCCGCAAUGGGAGUCCCUUCAGGGUCUCAUCGACGAGGAGCGGUACGAGCACGUGCUCUUCAAGCUGCAGUAUCAGGCCGGCCACUCGCUCGUCUGGCGUGACUCCAUCAACAAUUUCUACUGGAACAUGUCGGGUAUUCCCGACGAGGCUGGUCGCGUGGGCAACUACAAGUACCGGAUCGAAGCCGAGCACAUGAACCUCGAGGGGUACAAGGUCGUCAACGUCGACCCCUUUGAGGCAGCGUCUGGGUACAAAGCCAUCGUGACGACCUCCAACACGACGGCGGGAACAGCCUCGACGGUUAUCGGUUUCGAGACCGGCACGUACACGCUCGCCGUUAACUACUUUGAUGUCAUUCGUGGCAAGUGUUCGUACGUCGCCUACAUCAACGACAAGGUCAUCGGUCAGUGGAGGGGUAACAGUGAAGAGAAACUAGGCCAUUGGCCGUCCGAGUUCCUGGAUGGGCACUCGGCCAUCCGCAUCAACUUUCCCGGCGUCAAGGUCACCAAGGGCGACACUCUGAAGAUUGUCGGAACGCCCGACGGCCCCGAGGUAGCGCCAUUGGACUAUGUCAGUUUCUUGCCCAACGGCAUCAUUGACUAG